AUGUUAUCUCCAUUCAAAACUGUUGGAAAAUAUUUUCACGAAUCUACUAGUAAUAUCCGCAUUAUCGUGCAACCACCACUGCCCGCCACUACUGGAAAAAGAAAAUCGGAUGAUUCGGAUGAGGAAAAUGAAAGCAAAAGCAGUAAAAAAAUGAAACUAAAAGAUGUUUCCCGUAAAAUCAUGGUGAACAUAAAGAAACUUGAUGGGAAUCCUGCUGUUUACUCAAACCCUCAAAACUUCCUUUCAUUACCAUUCCCAUAUCCUAGUGAGCGAAGACCAACAGAUAGAUUUACUAUUAGCAAUGAUGGCCUCUUUACCUUCAUGGGAAGAAAAGCAUUCAGCAACGUUCUAAGCCAAAUUAACAUGCUUAAACCAUAUACCGGUUAUAUGAAAAUGUUUAUUUAUGGCACAGUUGGGUAUGGAAAGUCUUAUGUUCUCACAGCAAUAGCUUGCUAUCUUCUCCGGAGCGGAAGGCGUGUUGUAUAUCUUCCUGAUUGUCGCGAACUGGCUGUAAACCCAGUAGAAUACAUCAAAUCGGCCUUAUUUCUCACCUAUGUGGAUGAUGAUGCGAAAAUAAGCGAAAUUAAUGCCUGUGAAAAUUUUGAUCAAAUCAUAAAAUUUUGUGAAUCAUUGGAUGAGAAGUUAUAUUUUAUUGUAGACCAAAUGAAUGCUCUGGACGAACUUGAUAAUACCGGAAUUAACUUAGAAAAAAAGCGACAUGUUAAAGAAAAUAUUAAUAUAUUGUGCUGGGCUCAUUAUUAUAUUAAGAGUUCUUCAGCAAACAAUAGAUCGGCAUUGCACCUUAGGCAAAAGCAAACAGGCGAAUUGAAAAUUACACUUUAUGGAGGGUUCGAUGAGGAGGAAAUGGAAGAGUGGUGGAAGGAGCAUAAUUCCGUUUUGCCAACAAUGAAUGAUGAGCAGAAGAAACAAAUUGAAGAUAUCACCGGAAAAAUUCCGCUCUUCUUAAGCAUUUUAUUAGAGUCUGGUUGCAAGAAUUUUAAAAAUGUAUUGGACCACUUAAAUCAACAAUUAACAUCAAAGAUACAAGAGCCGAUGACGAACUUUUCAGACACUAUACCAGAAGGAAGACGGGAAUUUCACGUCGACUUGAUGUCAUCGUUCCUGACAAAAGGAUAUCCUCCAAGUGGCUACGGAGUUGAUGAUUUUGAUCAUCGCUUCUUUUACAUUGAAAAUAAACUCUGUCAUUAUGUCUGCGGGAUGGCACGGGAUUGCAUGGCGAACCAUCUCUAUGAAAAGGGCAAAAUGGAAGUAUUUACAGAUAUAAAGUGGAUCAGUUGCAUAGAGAAAUUCAAAAACAACCCAUCGGUUAAAGGAUUUUUUGUGGAGAAGGCGUGUAUUGCUAGUAUUUUUAAGAAUGGAAUCAUGGCGAACGGUGUGAAUUUUAAGCCUGACGAUAUGGAAUUUUUUUAUGAUGAAAAACAAAUCCGAUUUUCUUCGAAUGAAGGGAAGUGUAUGCUUUACUUACCACGUUGUUGGAACCAAGAGGCGAUUGAUGUAUUACUGAUUUCGCAAACAAAUAAUAAGUUGUAUGUUGCCCCAGUACAGGUUACCCUUGAUAAGAGUAGUCAUUCAGAUUCUGAGGGAAAAUUUUUCUCCAGUAUUUGGCCGAAUUUAAAAUCAAACUUAUCGGGCUUCGAGGACAGAUUAAAGAUAAUCUUCAUAUGGAUUACAAGCAAAAGUGAUACAGACUUGACAGUGGAAAGUAAGUCUAGAAAAACACGGAAUAAUUCUUUUGAAAUUAAUCCCGAUUACAUUCAGGUAGUACUGGGAUUUAGGAAUGUCAACAGAGAUAUUGAUCAAUAUCUAUCUUAG